AUGAGAUGGCCGGAGGACAUCCAUUCUUCCCACCCACCACCAUGCGCCACCUUCUACACCGACCAGAGUGCUACUCUAGCCGAUCUCGCCGCCCUCUUCUCCGCGCAUGCUACCCCGUCUCCUCUCCCCAGCCCCGCCGGCGGCACGCGACUCUCCUUCCAGCUCGUCUUUCCAGACAUUCGCAGCCCGCAGCUGAACCGCUACAUGACCAAAGACCUCGGAAGCGUCGUCAUUGGCGAAUUAGGUCCCGGCGAUGCGGCCGACGAUCACGCCCUUGCGAAACUACGGAACGAGGUGGAGAGGGACAGCCGCAAGACUCUCGCCCAGGCCAAGUUUGUAGUGGGAGAUAGCAUAUCUUGCGCGGUUGUGCCCCCAUCCGAGGAUGGGACGGUCGCGCUCCACGUACCGGAGAGAGGCAUCGGCCUCUUGGCGAGCAUGGCCAUCUCCUUUGUACUAUACCUAAUCACGCGAAGCGCUGGCUGCUUCGUCCUCGUCAAAAACUGA